GGUUUUCAUUAUAUAUAGUUUCCUUAAAGCUAAAAGAGGUCAGAAAGCUGCUUCUAUAUCCUACCCAAAGAAAUGCCCUUUUUCAUUGUUUUGAUUUCUUUUCCCCCAUGGUUUUGUUAAUUAGCUCUUGCUAGCUGCUCCUGCUGUGCUGCUGUAUAUUCCCCCGUGUGUGUAUAUAUAUAUAUAUAUAUAUAUAUAUACAUAUACCAAUCAAUCUAUCCGAUACUAGCUAGCUAUAUAACCAUAACCAGCUAAUUGUGUUUUUCCAUAUAUCAUUCCUGGAAUUGAAUUGAAUUGAAUCGAAUCAAAUUCAAAGAUAUAUAUCAUUGGUUGUUGAAGAUCUUCUUCAAGGUGCAGAUAGAUUAAUGUUGAGCAACAACGUGGAUCCAUCCAGCCCUUGGGAAAGCGGCAGCAAACGGAAGCGCCGCCCCGCGGGAACUCCUGAUCCGGAUGCGGAAGUGGUGUCCCUGUCGCCGAAGACGCUGCUGGAAUCGGAUCGGUACGUGUGCGAGAUCUGCAAGCAAGGGUUCCAACGGGAGCAGAAUCUGCAGAUGCACCGGCGCCGCCACAAGGUGCCGUGGAAGCUGGUGAAGCGGGAGACCCCCCUGGCGAGGAAGCGGGUGUUCGUGUGCCCGGAGCCGACCUGCCUCCACCACCAGCCCGGCCACGCCCUCGGCGAUCUCGUCGGCAUCAAGAAGCACUUCCGCCGCAAGCAUAGCAACCACAAGCACUGGCUCUGCAACAGGUGCUCCAAAGCCUACGCCGUCCACUCCGACUACAAGGCCCACCUCAAGACCUGCGGCACGCGCGGCCACUCCUGCGACUGCGGCCGCGUCUUCUCCAGGGUGGAGAGUUUCAUCGAGCAUCAGGACGCUUGCAGCAUGAGCCGGCUCCGGUCCGAAUGCCACCCGGUUUGCUUGUCGCGGACCGCUUCGAGUCCCAGCCCCUCCAGCGACACCAAUCUCAGCGUAGUUGCGCGGCGGCCGUUUACCAAUCCUCCAAAUCUGGAGCUGCAGCUCCUGACCGCCGCCGGAAAACUGGAGGACCACUCGAAGACGCAGUUGCAGCUUUCCAUCGGCUCGUCGGAGGUCUGUGAGAAGGCCGAGAACAACGCAAAUAAACUCCUCUCCCAAAACGGCGUCGUUUUCAACAGUAGUAGCUCGCCGCGGGGGAGCAGCAGCACCGCCGGCGGGAAAUCGGCGGCGAGGGAGCAAGCGGAGGAGCAGCUGCGGACGGCGAUGACGGAGAAGGCGUACGCGGAGGACGCCCGGCAGCAGGCGCGGCGGCAGAUCGAGCUGGCGGAGCAGGAAUUGGCUAACGCGAAGCGGAUCCGGCAGCAGGCGCAGGCGGAGCUGGAGAAGGCGCAGGCGCUGCGGCAGCAGGCGGCGGAGCAAACCAACGCCGCCGUGCAGCAGUUCACGUGCCAAUCUUGCCAGCACAAGUUUCAAUUCCACGAAGCAGCCGCCGCCGCCGCCGCCGCCACGUCAUCCACUCUUCCAGAAACUUCUUCUGCUUCGUUGAGUUACAUGUCGGCGGCGCUGCGAGAAUGGGGAAUCGAACGAACCCCUAAGCAAAACCCUUAAUUAAUUGAUUACCUUCGCUCCCAUUACCUUAACGUUAGAUCUAAUCACAUACGUAUAUGUGCAAUUAAUUAAUUUAGUUAACCCUAAUUUUGCCUGCACAUAUAUGUGUGUAUAUAUAUAUAUAUAAUCUAGCUAGAUAGAUAGAAGAGUGUGGUGAUUGUGUCUUUUGAUACAAGUGGUGACAGAUCUUGAUGCAAAUCGACAGCUUUUUCGCCUCUUUGUCAUGGUUAUGUUAGGGUAUCAUAA